AGCCAAGUUCAUGAUCUGCUCAGGCAAAAAUUUCACAGAAUUUGAGAUUGAUUUCCAGUCAGACACUGAGCACCUGGAUCUGUCGAAAAACAGACUGACUGCCAUACCGUCCAAAGCUUUCCAGUCCCAGUGGAAGCUACAGGUCUUAUUAAUAAGUGACAAUCACAUCAGCCAUAUAGAUGAUGAAGCAUUCAGUUCUCUAGAAAAUCUACAGAAGCUUGAUCUUCAUAACAAUGAGAUUAAAGCCCUUGGCGGUGGUUUUUCUACAGGUUUAAGUUCCCUCAGAGAGCUGACAUUAUCCUGCAACAAGCUCAAAGACCUCUUCUACAGCAGCUUCCACCAUUUUGAGAACUUACAAAAACUGAACCUCAGCAACAAUGUGAUUUCUUUCAUAGAAAUUGGGGCAUUUCGCAGCUUGACCCGUCUCCGACAGCUGCACCUUCAGAACAACAACCUCACUAGUCUUCAUGAUGGUAUCUUUUCUAUGCUUCAGAAUCUAGAAGUCUUAAACCUGGCAAACAAUAAAAUCAAAGAAAUCGCUUCUGAGGUAUUCACUUCUUUGAACAGUUUAACCAUUCUGACACUGGUCAACAAUGAAAUUGAACACAUCAAAUUCAAGACAUUCUUGAGUAUUAAGACCCCAGGGACACACAUUCUACUUGCAAAAAAUCGCUGGUUUUGUGACUGUGACCUGCAGAGGGUCUUUGGUAAGCUGCUCAGUGUCAGGAGACUUAUACUGGAUGACUACUACAAUGUGACCUGUACUGAGCCUUUGGUGCUACGUGACUCCUCUUUAGCAUCAGUUGAUACUCACCUAUGCAUUGCAGAGACAGUGACAGUCCUAGUCAUCACUUUCACUGUCUUUGUUACUGUGGUUGCUGCUAUUGUUAUGGCAGAAAGGAACAGGAAAAAACGUACUGGGAAGCACUGGAGUGAAGAAAGUGAAAUGUCCUAUGAAUCACAGGAUUGAGCAGAAACUCUAACUUGUACUCUGCAUACAUGGGUCUACUGAAAUGACUACUGUCUGCAUACUCAACAAAACAACUGGGAGAAACAUUGUUACAUGGAGGUUAUCUGUGAUUCUUGACAUUAAAGAAAGUAACAGAAGCUUUGCAAGACAAAAUCAGUUUUAGAAACAGAACCCAUUAAAUCAUUCAAUCUACAAAAAAAGUUUCAUUUUAAUGGAAUUUAGAGUUACUUAUUUAAUAUCAUCAGUGAAUAAUAGUCACCUACAUUUCUAUGCAUGUCAAAUCAUAUGUCAACAGGUCCAGUGCUAAGUCUAUGAAUAUAACUCAGAUGACAGACAGCUGUAAUUCACCUAUCCUUUACAGCAUAAAUCAAAUGUUAUAACAAAUUCCUUUUCUCAGAGCAACAAAUGAAAUUAGUUUUAUUGCUAAAUCAAGAGCAGUUCAUAAUAAAAGAAGUUAUGCUUUAUGCUGCAGAUAAAAACAAAUAUAAAAGCAAAUCUACAUCUCAAAAUGGACUAGGAAGUAUCAAAACAAGAGGUGCUUUAUUUUUGCUUGGCAUGAAGCCACAGCAAAAGUUUAAAAACAGCACAGCAUUUGCUAUACUAAUUUCUGAAUGGGAAAGAGGAA